AUGGCAACAAAGUUAGUAUCCAAAGAUGCUGCAACACUUCCACCUGGUGAAGUCAUUGCCAAGCUGGAAACCGACAUUGAUUUGGGUUUAAAUCAUGUCCAAGUAGAUAAAAGGCGAGCAAUAUUUGGUAGUAAUGAAUUUGAUGUUGAACCUGAUGCUCCAUUAUGGAAGAAAUUUUUAGAACAGUUUAAUAAUCAUUUUAUCCUCUUGCUACUUGGCUCGGCUGUGGUCAGCGUUUUCAUGAAACAGUACGACGAUUGUAUCAGCAUUACAAUGGCCACAAUCCUUGUUGCAACGGUUGGCUUUGUACAGGAGUAUCGCUCAGAGAAAUCACUGCAACAAUUAAGUAAAUUAGUACCCCCAACAUGUCAUUGCAAGAGAGAUGGAAAACUAUUCAAUACUUUAGCCAAAAAUUUAGUACCAGGUGAUGUAGUAGAAAUUGCGACUGGUGAUCGAGUACCAGCAGACAUUAGAUUAAUUGAGGCUAUAGACCUUGAACUUGACGAAUCUAGUUUUACUGGAGAGACGGAGUCUUGUAGUAAAAAUGUCCAAGAAAUUUCUUCACAGGUGCCGUUCGAUGUUGCCCGCUGUAGUAAUAUCGCCUUUAUGGGGACGUUAGUUCGAUCCGGACGUGGGAUUGGAGUUGUUAUUGCUACUGGCGGUGAUUCGGAAUUCGGUGAAAUUUUUAAAUUAAUGAAAAAAGAAGAGUCCCCAAAGACACCUCUUCAAAAAAGCAUGGACAAACUGGGAAAACAGUUAUCCAUGUAUUCUCUUGGUAUCAUAGCUCUAAUCAUGGUACUUGGGGUCAUUCAAAAGCGAGGCUGGUUGGACAUGUUUACGAUCGGUGUUAGUCUAGCCGUUGCUGCAAUACCGGAAGGCCUACCUGUGGUUGUCACAGUAACGCUAGCGUUAGGAGUAAUGAGAAUGGCUCGGAGGCGUGCUAUUGUAAAGAGAUUACCGACGGUGGAAACUUUAGGUGGUUGUGCUACUGUUGUAUGCUCUGAUAAAACUGGCACACUUACUAAGAAUGAGAUGACGGUAGGAAUUAUGCAAACAGCUUCCGGUGAACAUGCUGAUGUAACUGGUUCAGGAUAUCAUGAUAAAGGGCGAGUAGUAUACAAUGAUAAACCAAUUCUUGGCUACACGUAUCCAUUAUUCGCUAAAAUUGCGGAGAUUGGCAUAGUUAGCAACAAUUCUUACAUUGUCAACGGAAGAUUGAUAGGGCAACCGACCGAAGGUGCUUUGCUUGUAGCGGCAAUGAAGCUGGACAUCGCUGACAUGCGUGAAUAUUAUGAAAAAAUUGAGGAGAAACCAUUUAAUUCAAUAAGAAAAUGGAGUUAUGUUCGUUGCUCUUACAAAGAUAAGCACCCCGACUAUUCGGAGGAUAAGCAAGAGUUAUAUUUCAUGAAAGGUGCAGUCGAACAAGUACUAGAACAAUGCGCAUACUAUUAUACUUUUGAUAUGCAAGUUGCUCCCUUGACAGAAGCUGAUAUUCAACGGCAGAUGCAAUAUUCGUACAACCUUGGGCGACAAGGAUUACGAGUUAUCGCAAUGGCUAUUGGAAAUAAGUUAGGAGCACUUACAUUUGCGGGCAUAAUGGGACUAGUUGAUCCUCCUCGACCUGCAGCUCGCGAUGCGGUUCAAAAGUUAAUUGAUAGUGGUGUUUCAGUAAAGAUGAUUACUGGCGAUUCUCGUGAAACCGCUGUUGCAAUUGCUCAGUCCGUAGGUAUACGUGCACACGAAAGUAGAGCUCUAUCUGGUGAACAAAUUGAAAGAAUGGCGCCAUCGGAGCUUCAAAAGAUUAUUAGAGAGAUUUCGGUUAUAUACCGUGCAAAUCCUAAGCACAAAUUGACUAUCAUAAAGGGUUUGCAAAUGUGUGGAGAGGUUGUUGCUAUGACAGGUGAUGGUGUAAAUGACGCAGUUGCUUUGAAACGAGCUGAUAUUGGUGUAGCAAUGGGAAAGAUUGGUACAGAUGUAUCAAAAGAAGCGUCCGAUAUGAUUGUCUUAGAUGAUGAUUUUUAUACUAUUAUGUCUGCAGUAGAAGAGGGGAAAUGUAUAUUUUAUAAUAUAAAGAAUUUUGUUCGAUUUCAAUUAAGCACGAGCAUAUCAGCCCUAUCGCUUAUCACUCUAGCGACGGUGUUUAGAUUACCAAACCCUUUAAAUGCUAUGCAAAUUUUAUGGAUAAAUAUUAUUAUGGAUGGCCCACCUGCUCAAAGCUUAGGUGUAGAGCCCGUUGAUAAAGAUGUUAUGAGAAAGCCUCCGCGAAAUGUUAAUGAUUCCAUGAUUACCAAAAAUCUUAUUUUUAGUGUAUUAAUUUCCGCUUUUCUGAUUGUGCUUGGGACAUUUUUUAUUUUUUGGCGUGAGAUGAGUGAUGGCAAGGUUACUCCGAGAGAUACAACUAUGACAUUUACUUGCUUUGUAUUCUUCGAUAUGUUCAACGCCCUGUCUUGUAGAUCACAGACGAAGUCAGUGGUAAAUGUGGGUCUAUUUUCCAAUCGAAUGUUUCUUUAUGCUGUUGUUGGUUCGGUACUUGGCCAACUAGCAGUCAUAUAUUUUUCUCCAUUACAAGCUAUUUUUCAAACUGAAGCCCUCUAUUUAACGGAUUUGGUGCUCCUUACUAGCUUGGCUUCAACAGUUCUAAUAGUUGACGAAAUAAGAAAAUAUUUUCUGAGACGUCGGCAACGAAGCUCGCCAACAGUGUACAGUCUUAUUUAA